AUGUCAAGUGCAAUCGUCACUGGAGCAACAGGCAUCCUCGGGCGCGAGGUAGUCCGCCACCUGGGUCAGAACCCGAAAGACUGGACAACCGUCCACGCUCUAUCGCGGCAGCAAAAGGAGAAGUUCCCAUCCAACGUCAGCCACGACACUAUCGACCUCCUGGCUCCGGACGCGAAUGCGCUUGCCAACAACUUUCUUCAGAGCAGCCUCAAGGACACAAUCACCUCCGGCGGCGUCGACUACAUCUUCUUCAACGCCUAUAUCGCGCGCGACGACGAAGCCGAAGCAACACGCGUGAAUGCCGCGUUGCUGCGAAAUUUCUUGCAAGCAUUACACAUAACCGGCGGCGACAAAAAUUUGAAGAGAGUCAUCCUGGCUACAGGUGCAAAGCACUAUGGAGUACAUUUGGGGCCUGUGAAAUUGCCCAUGGAGGAGGAUGACCCGUGGAUUGAAGAAGAUCACAAAGCGGGCAGACCGUCAAAUUUUUAUUAUGCGCAGCAGAGGAUUUUGAGGGAGGAACAGCGUGGGAAGAAGUGGGAUUGGGUUGUGACGUAUCCGAAUGAUGUUAUUGGUGUUGCCAAAGGAAACUUUAUGAAUCUCACCACUGCAAUCGGCCUCUACGCCAGCAUCACCAAAGAACUCAACGAGCCCUUCAUCUUCCCCGGCUCGCCCUCCUUCUAUACGGGAUUUGACGCUUUCACUGCUUCAUCGCUGCACGCCGACUUUGUGUUGUGGGCAGCCAGGGAGCCGCGUGCAGGCAACCAGGCCUUCAACGUCGUAAACGGCGAUAUACAGUCAUGGCAAACUCUCUGGCCACGCCUAGCCGAGCGAUUCGGUGUGAAAAUUCCUGCAGAUCAGUUCUCUUCGUCAUCGAGCAAGGGGAUGGUGACCCCUCUCAUAGAGAAUCCGCCGCUGCUGAAUCAAGCAACGAGCAUGGGAAUCUCCGGGCACGUUCCUCGCGGCGAAGUCCGCGCACACAUUGACUUGGCUGAAUGGUGGACCAAACGGGCCGAAGUGAAAAAUGCAUGGGAUCGGCUUGCUAGUCGAGAAGGCUUGGAGAAAGGUGCAUUUGAGAAAGCUACAUGGUCGUUUUUGAACUUUGUUUUGGGCCGGAGCUAUGAUCUUGUUAUUAAUAUGAAUAAGGCGAGAAAGUUUGGAUAUCACGGGUCGGUUGAUACGUGGGAUGCGCUUGCGGCGGCUCUGGAUGAGCUGGAACAGGAGAAGAUUUUGCCUAAGCAUAAGUGUCUUUAUGGCCCGUCGCUGCUGAAAGCGGGACAGGACGCGGUUGACCAACGCAAAGUUUCAGAAAUAAUUUACAAUGCUUCCAAAGGCUCAAAGUUCUUCAACCAUGAAGAAGCUAGGGACAAGAUUCUUACUGAGAAAAUUGAGCAAAUCCUAGCCCGCAAGGCUCGUUUAGAGCGUCUCGACUUGUCGGCAGACCUUCGACGUGCAGAUGAAUGUAUCGCUGAGUUUGAGCUCACUCGAGACCUUUCUCAAACCGUGGUUCAUGUGGACUGCGAUGCGUUUUUUGCCGCGGUCGAGGAACUGGAUCGGCCCGAACUUAAACAUGUGCCCAUGGCAGUGGGCAAAGGGGUCUUGACAACAUGCAACUAUCUUGCGCGUAAGUUCGGCUGUCGCAGCGGGAUGGCUAGCUUUGUAGCGAAGAAACUAUGUCCUGAUUUGAUAUGCAUCCCCCAAAACCACGAGAAGUAUAGUGCCAAAGCAGAAGAAAUCCGCGCGAUUUUUGUCGAGUAUGACCCUUGCUUUGAAACUGCCUCGGUUGACGAGGCCUAUCUCAACAUCACAGCUUACUGUGACGAGAAUAACAUGGAUCCGCGAGAAGCGGUUCAACAGAUGCGCGCAAGAAUCUUUGAGGAUACCAAAAUCACGGUAUCAGCUGGCAUCGCGGCCAACGCCAAACUUGCGAAAAUCGCCUCCAACCAGAACAAGCCAAACGGGCAAUUUUACAUACCAAAUGAGCGUGAAGCAAUCAUGUCCUUUGUCAAAGAUCUCCCGGUUCGUAAAGUCAACGGUAUCGGCCGAGUCUUUGAACGCGAGCUGAAAGCAAUCGGAAUUGAAACAUGCGGCGACAUCUAUUCGCAACGAGCACUGCUGAAGAAACUGUUUGGGGACAAAGCUUUCCAAUUCCUAAUGCAGUGUUAUCUUGGUCUGGGCCGGACAAAGAUUCAGCCAGCAGAGGAUUACGAGCGCAAAAGCGUAGGCACUGAAAGCACAUUUUCAGAAAUAAGUGAUCCGGAUGCUAUACGUGGUAAACUUCGAUGGGCAGCAGACGAGCUUGAAAAAGAUCUUGCCCGGACACAAUUUAAGGGACGGACCUUGGUGCUGAAAAUCAAAUUACAUACAUUCGAAGUGUACACUAGACAAGUUGCGCCUCCGAAAGCCGUCUAUCUUGCCGAUGAUUUAUACGCCUACGCAUUGCCAAUUUUGACAAGAUUGCAGAAGGAAAUCCCAAACAUGAGGUUGCGAUUACUUGGAUUGAGAUGUACGCACCUUGUCAGUACGAAGAAAAUCGGCCUUGAUUUCUUCGGAUUUCAGGCUACUACUACACCAAACCCCUCUAAUAUCACACCUUCUGGAAAUUUUGUCCAUGGUGAAUCUCCCAAUGAACCCGGCCCACAAAAUGAUACGCACGAAGCGCAAUCUAGCACGGAGCAGGAAUUUGAAAAUGCUGCACGACAGGAAAGACAAGAAGAUAUGGAAGAGCUUGAAAUCCUCAGCCAGGAAUAUACCGACAAGCCAGAACAGGUCUUUCCUGCUACUAUCACAGAAGAAUCCAACACACCAACACUGGAACUAGAACCAGAACCACAACCAGCAUGGGUGUCUCGCCCCGAUGCAAUAGCCGUGCAACAUUGGACCUGUCCAAUCUGUUCCCGGCCACAAGCAGCUGAUGACAAAAGGUUCAAUGAACACGUUGAUUAUUGUUUGUCCAAGGACACAAUCAUGGAAGCUGUCAAGACUUCCUCGUCGUCCACACCGUCGGCAGCGGAGCGCUCCUCGAGACUAAAAACUGACUUGAACCCCUUGAGUGCCAGUGAUCAAUCUACGCGAAAGAGGAAGAUGAGCACCGACACAACAUCGCGACAGAGAAAGUUGUUUUUCUCUUAG